CAUGCGGCCAUCUCUAUCGGCAUGCUUAACUCACCCUUUUUGACCCAAGAAAAGGUUGCACAUUGCUGCUCAUCUUCAUCACCCCCCAACCCAUGCAACGUAGUCCUUCUUAUCAGCCUUUGCAGACGCAGGGAAGGCAGAUGGAGGUGGUGGCCGUGCCCAUGGCGCCGGCCAAUGUUAACCCCUUCUCCUCUGACGUGACUGCACCGCCGAGCCCCCAGCAUCCCUUGGACUACUGCGGCUAUUACUGCUACACCAGUGCACCCACCAGCCCAUCGCGGGCUGCGGUCGUCUACCCGGCCGAGGCGUCGGACUUCGCCUUCUGCUUUGGCGGGCGGUCCGAGGGGGAGAAGCCGACGCCGGCCCUCGCCGCUGCCGAUGAGCUUUUCGAGGAGGGGAUGAUCCGCCCCCUGAUGCUGCCACCUCGUCGGUCUCGUUGUUCGUCAUCAGCAGCCCCUGUUGUGACCAUGGAAACAGCCUUGAGGAGAGAGAGAGAGAGGGCUCUCCUUCCUACCCUCUCUGCUGCUUCUUCCAAGGCCGGGAGAGGGUCGAAGCCCCUCUCUCCACGGAGAGGAGGAGAGGAGGAAGACGGCUUGCGCAAGUCCCCGAGUUCUUCCUCCGCCUCGGUGAAGAGUGGCGGCAGCAAGAAGUGGAAGUUGAAGGACCUCUUCCGCAGCGCAUCGGAAGGGCGGGCGACGGGAAGAGGAAGCAAGGAUCCCCUGCGCAGCUACACCGUGCUGCUGCCUCCCUCUAAGCGGAUCGAUGACAGCGGAUCGGUAGGAGGAGGAGGAGCUGCAGAUCCACACGAAAUGUACUACUCACCAAACCGCGCUGCAUCCGAGGAGUUGUAGAGGAAGAAGAAGCAGACACCUCUGCCUUACCAACACCAUGGCCUGUUUGGUUGCCUCCGCUUCAACCCGGCCAUCCACAGCAUCCAAAAGGGGUUCGGUGGCUCCUCCUCGUCUCAUAAAUGAUAAAACAUGUAUUACCGACGAUGUCGUUUGUUUUCAUGCAUAGGAUAAAAAGCAUGAUAAGUACUUGUGUUCUUUGUUCUCUGGUUCUGUGAUGAGGUGAUGUUUUCUGUAUCCUCGUAUUACUUGGGUUUCCAAAGCACCAUUCGGUCAUCGUGGAUGAAACUUUGAUGCGAUUCUCCUUCCUACGGUCGUCCGAUGUAGCUGAGACAGAGACUCUUAGAGAGAGAUUAUAGACUUGGAUCUCCUGUGCCUACCUACUUGAGUUCUUUCUUUAACACAUUCUGCUC